AUGAUUCAGACCGCGGCCGGUCUCUCGUCCCGCACUAGCACAAUGGCAGAAGCCAGUGCGGAGGGCCAGACUGAUGCACCGAAAUUUCCAUUCGCUCGACCACAUGCUGGAGAGCCUCCUGCCGAAUUUGGUAGGCUUCGGUCUUCUUGUCCCGUGUCCCGUGUCAAACUCUGGGAUGGAAGUCUACCGUGGCUGGUUGUCAAGCACGAAGAUGUUUGCCAGGGUUUAACUGAUCCCCGACUAUCCAAGGAACGUAGCCGUCCAGGAUUCCCAGAAAUGAGUGCUGGAGGCAAGGCGGCUGCCAAAAACAGACCAACCUUCGUGGAUAUGGAUCCACCAUAUCAUAUGCGCCAAAGGAGCAUGGUCUCGGCCUUUUUUACACCUGAGUGUGUCGAUUCGAUAAGGCCAUUCAUUCAGUCAACUGUGGAGAAUGUCCUGAAUGACAUGAUUGUGAAAGGAUGUGAAAAGCCUGUUGACUUGGUUGAGAGUCUUUCUCUGCCUAUUCCAUCUAUUGUGAUCUACAACAUUCUUGGAAUCCCCACCGAGGACAUGGAUUACCUGGCAGAGAAGAAUGCCGUUCGAAGCAACGGCAGUUCAACUGCUGCUGCUGCUCAAAACGCCAAUGAGGAACUGAUUGGCUACUUGGAAAAAAUCGUUGAAAAGCGCAUCGCCGAUCCAAAAAAGGAUCUAAUCAGCACCUUGAUUACUGAACAGCUGAACCACGGUCAUCUUGAAAAGCUUGAUGUCGUCCAGCUGGCAUUCCUUUUGCUAGUGGCUGGCAAUGCCACCAUGGUGAACAUGAUUAACUUGGGAGUUGUGACGCUUCUUGAGCAUCCCGCUCAAUUGGAGGAUUUAAAAAACAAUCCCUCUUUGGCGAAAGGAUUCGUCGAGGAACUUUGCCGAUUUCACACAGCUUCCGCACUAGCCACUCGUCGUGUGGCAAUGGUUGAUAUUACUCUGAGGGAUAAGCACAUCAAAGCUGGGGAAGGUCUAAUCGCUUCGAACCAAUCGGCAAACAGGGAUGAAGAUAUGUUUCCCAACCCCGACGAGUUCAAUCUCCGCAGAGUUAUUGAUCCCGAAAUGAAUCUUGCCUACGGUUACGGCGAACAUCGCUGUGUCGCUGAAAGAUUAGCUCGUGCCGAGCUUGAGGCUGUAUUCUCUUGCUUAUUUCAGAAGCUGCCGAACCUGAAGCUAGGAAUACCAGACGACCAGGUCCAAUACUCGGAGCCACACAGGGAUGUUGGGAUCGUUAAACUACCUGUUGUAUGGUAA